AUGGUGGCGGUGCAGCUCGUGCUCCUCAAGAUUGCGCUCGACAACCGGCCGCCGCCGUCGGGCAAGACGGGCGAGGCGCCGUUUGCGGGCCUGGACGGCCGGACGCGGUCGGUUUCGUUUUCGAUGACGUCGGCCUCGAACUCGCCGACCGGCGGUGGCGGCCUCUUUGCCAACCGGCCGUACAACUUUUGGCAGUGGCGGUCGCCCAAGCCGUACUGGCAGUUCUUGCUGUACAUGUUCUUGACGCUGCUCGCCUUGCAGGUGCUGCUGAGUCCCUUCCCGGACGUCUACGGCGCGUACUCGGUGCUGAUCGGCUACGUUGGGCUGUCGGUGGAGGCGACGCUGCCGCUGCCGCAGAUCCGGGCAAACAUGCGCGCGCGGUCGUGCCGCGGGUUCCGGGUGUCGGUGCUGGCCAGCUGGCUGGCCGGUGACGCGAUGAAAAUGUUUUGGUUUUUCACGUCCACAACGGAGAUUCCGUGGGCGUUCAAGCUGUGUGGUCUGUUCCAGGCGGUGUGCGACUCGAUCCUGGGCAUACAGUACUUUGUGUAUGGCGACGGGACGAGUAGUGCACGUGACACGGACAGCGGCGGACCGGGCAUCAUGCUCAAGGAAAAGGAGGCGGCGUUCCGGUCGGCAGCGGCAUCGAUCCUGCCGAACGCGCGGUAA